CUUGCCGCCGCUGAAAAAACGGUUUUGUGCAGCGCUUUCUCCUCUAUCACUUCCUUCUUUUGAGCAAUGUGUUGUCAGGCGGGGAGGUGUGAGGAGCCCGACUCGUCGCUCCUUCGUGUUGCUCGGGGGCCAUGGCGGAGCGGACACUGAGGAGGAACCAGCGGCCGGAGCACAGCGGGUCCCCAGCGGCGGCUCAGACCAGCACGGAUCCGCGUUAACGUUACCUGCAGCACGGCCACAACUCUUACUAACGGAAUAGGAUGGUGACGGCUUCUGAAGUUUUACACACAUCUUUAGCUCUUGUCACAGAUGGCCGGUUCAACUUUCCACUAACUUGCAUUUGCCUAAUGUCGGCGGGAUCGUAGCGGCGCAGAGUUUGUUCUGCUUUCCCUCUCUUCCAGCGCGUCUGUCCUGUAAAGCCAUCUGCCUCCGCCGUAAAUCUGGCGCACUGUCCCGCAGCGGCUCACUGAGCGCCUCUUUAAUAUUUCAAAGCCGAGUCACUGGAGGUUAACAUGGGAGCAAAGCAGAGCAGCCCGACCGCUAAUCCAGCCGCUAACGGACGGACCAGAGCCUACUCCGGCUCGGACCUGCCCUCCAGCACGUCCGGCAGCAACGUGAGCAGGGCGACCGCCGGCGGGGUGAGGUACCACGCGUACAGCGCGUCCGGAGCCACGUCCAGCACCAGCCAGCACCUCGGAGCCAGGGCGAGGUCCGUGGGGGGCUCCGGGGGCUCCGGGACCAGACCCCAGUCCGGCAUCAACAUUCCCAACAGCAGCGGAGCCUACAGCUCCCAGGAGUCCGGCGGCAGCAGCCCGGAGGAGGCGGCGGACAGGGAGCGCUCGGGCGGGGGGCACGAAGGUCCCCGACUGUUGAUCGGCUCGCUACCAGCACACCUCUCGCCUCAUCUGUUCGGAGGCUUCAAGUGCCCUGUGUGCUCCAAGUUUGUGUCUUCAGAUGAGAUGGAUCUUCACCUGGUCUUGUGCUUAACCAAACCCAGAGUGACAUAUAACGAGGACGUCCUGACCAAGGAUGCAGGAGAAUGUGCAAUCUGCCUGGAGGAGCUGGUACAGGGAGACACCAUUGCUCGCCUGCCCUGCCUCUGCAUCUACCAUAAAGGCUGUAUCGAUGAGUGGUUUGAAGUGAACAGGUCAUGUCCAGAGCAUCCAUCAGAUUAAAGCUUUUUUGCACAGGCACUCUGCAAUGAGAGUUAUCCUGAAAAUGAAGCGUGGGUCCAGGGAGACUGCUGGACACUGACCACUGUGAUCAGUAACCCCCACCCCCUGCCCCCAAUAAUGUAGUACCACGGUGUGCCAAAUCUCAUGUAAGCAAUCUUCAGGGAUACAGACUUUUGUGUUUAUGUUUGAGUUGCACAUCCACGCUCAGUCUCCGACUGGGCAGACUGAUCUCCACCACUCAUGCUCUCCAAAGCCACAUAAGACAUUAUGAUGGGCAGGGCUCUUCUUCCUGAGUGGCCACUGGACAGCAGAUGUCGGCUGAUUGUAAACCAGGACACUGGAGGAGAUGGACGUGGCCCCUGGAGGUGGGGUCGGAGUGGAGGGGGGUCAGGGCAACGUGUGGAUUAUCCCUCCUCGUCUUACUCUGUCCUCCCUCCCUCCUUCAGCAUCAGUGUCUACCAGUGCCUUGUCGUUGUGAAGCCCAGCCACAGCAGGGCAGGACGGAGGAUUCCAGACUGUCAGCAGAGCCGGCUGGACCAGCUGGACGGACCCGCAGGACCAUCUCACCACAACUGCCGCUCUACCAGUCCAGGAGAAACGAGCCAGAGACAGAACAGCAGCAGAACGAUCUGUCUGCGCGAGCAGCUCGGACAUUUGCCGAACUGAAGCCACUGCAAAAAUGGUGCCAAUCAACUGUGAAUAUAUUCAACACGCACACACAUACACACACUAAAUCAUCAGUGCUUUUUAAUCACAAACCAUGGAGUAGAGGUCCUCAGGUACAAAAAUCCUGUCCCCAAUCCUGAGAAGGAUCCCUGACUUACCAGCCUGAGCCUACAGUCGAGUAUUCUGUUGCGGUUUCUUGUUUUAACUACAUUUUUGCAGCAUAACAACAUCUGGAAGGUUCUCGCUAUAACAGCUUCUAACGUUAUCAGGAGAAUCUCUCUUGUUUUCAAGAGAUACAUUGAUUUUGUGUAAUAACGAGAACAUUUUGUGAUAUAACAGAAUAAAGUGACAUGUUGUCAUAACGAGAAAGGUUUGUUCUUAAAACUGAGUUGUUGGUGUGCAGGAGUCACAAAAAACACAUCAUCACGUGAAAACUAUAAUUUCAUGCAACGAAUAGGAUCUCAUGACGAAAAAAUGUGAUUUGCUAAUUUGCUGCAUCUGUUUUGUCUAACUGUGUUGUGUUACUUCUCGAAAAAAUAAGCUGCUGUCGUUUUCAUGAAGUCUGUCAAAGGCAGAUAUGAUUUGAACAGGCCGUGCAUUAAUCAUAGCACUUCAUCAUACUUCAGCUGCUACAAAUGUGAUGACACUGGUUCCCGCUCAGAGUAAAAAAAUGUCCAUAUUUAAGUCCAUAUUUGCUGUAUCUUCAUUCUUUUGUCGAGCAGAAGAGGAACGGGCUGGUUCAGCUGAUCGUUCCCUAAGUGAUUACCACAGGUCAGCGGUGUCGCGACAUAGAAAUGGAACACGCAGAGCAGAUUACAAGGAAGCUGCGUGGCUUUAACCUGAGCUGAAUUAGGGCUAAGGUUAAUGAAAUUAAUCAUAAAAGAGUGUGAAUGAAAGAUAUAAAUGAAAAUAAAAUGAAAGCUAAAGAUAGCUAUUGGAGUAUUUUCUGUGCAGUGAACAAAAUCCUCUUUUACUGUAAAUCCAAAUUUCUUGUUUCUUUGUUUUUCUAUAAUUUCUAAUUUAAAGUUGACUUGUGGUGUUUUUUGACCUCUAGUAGACCUUUGGAUCUGUUUUUCAAAGGGUGGGUCCGCAUUUUGUUUCUGUUGUCCACAUACAGGAGGACGAACAUGCACAGGACAUGAUACAGAGCCCAGUUCGCACUGUUCCGCUGACCUACAGGUGGCAGUAACACACCAAGAUAUGCUACAAAGCGCCAACAAAGCCAGCGAAGAAGAGCACAAGCUAGGAAACAUGAAUGUAAUCAAUUCAGGCUGUGCAAAUGUUUCAGGAGAAGGGAAACAUAUCAAAGACAUUUGUAAGAGCUUACGGACACACGUCAUUUCGGUAACAGUGAAUGGAAACAUGACUUUUUAUGAAUAACUCUUUCAUAACAUUGAACAGAAAACUCCAUAGAGCCUUUCAAGUAAUCCCACGAGGUUUCCUUAUGAUCUGCUCUAUGUUCCAUUUCUGACUGUUUGAUUGGUUUUAUACCUUCACUGAGCAGCCCCAAGGACACCUGAGGACACUCCUUCUUUACUCUGAGUGCAAACCAGUUUACUGUUGUUGUCACUGCAGGUAAACUGCAGGUUGAGUGCAGUGCUCCUUCACUCUACCCUCAGCCAUGAACUUGCGUGGCUGUUGAUUGGUCGAUGAGACUUUAGCAGACUGGUCUCAGGUCCCGGCAGCUUCAGUCAAAACUUCAACCAAGUGCAUUCAUUUAUACAGACCCAGCACCAUGUGAAGCUGGUCAAGGCACAGGGACACUGGGAUGACUGGACCUGUUUCCUGGGUUUUCAUGGGGUCAGGUUUGCCUGAAGGCCUCUUCCAUGGAGAAGCUGUGUACUGACUCUUUCAAAACUAACUGAUUUCAGUGAAAAGCUCAUCAUCAGACUAAUCAGUGAAAUCACAGAGUGUGGAUCCCAAAGCUCUGAUGGAGCUCACCCGUUUCCUUUUCCCAUGACUCAGAACCCUGUGCUUGUCCCACCACAGUGAAGAUGGUUUUUAUACUGGAAAAACAAAUAUGAAGCUGCUUCACUCUUUCCUUAAUAGCAACUUUAAAAGCAAUUGUAUAGGAUGUAAUCCCAGCUUCACAUGGAGGUUCUUACAUGAGGGCGUGAUGACGUUUUUAUUCAAAUAUGUUGGAUGAAGUGCCACAUCUGGCCUCCACUUUCUCCUGCUCUCUGUGCUCGCUGCUCCCUUUGUGUCGUUAAAGCUACCUCCAGGUUGGAGCAUGUGGUGGUGGAGGAAAGGUAAGGCUAAAUGAAGUGGGAGCUUUAUUUGGGGGAAACAAACUAUCACUACCAUUUUUGUUUUUUUAAUGCUCCAAUUCUGAAAGUGUUUGAGGCAUCAAAUCAUGCAGUUGUAAUUGUGGUAUUAGAAUUCAGUGUAUUAGUCAAAUUUGGGAUCCAGUAUGUAUCAUUGGUAUCCACCCACCCAGUUGCAUGUGUAUGCAGGGUUUUUCCAACCAGUCACAGAACAGCUGAUCUUCCAGGUCAGCGUCCUGUGAAAUAAAAGAGGUGGAAUUAUUCAGCUGCUAAAUCCCAGAUCCACUUCUCGUCCACUCCCUCACAACCACAUCUCUGCCCCCAUCAGUGACUAGCCUGGCCUGGGUUCACACUCAGCAUCAAGCUCUGCUACAUGCACAGAGUCACUUGCUCAUUUGCUCCUCCAUCUUCAGAAACAGACAUGCUCACCUCUAAGUGGACUUAACAUAAAAUAUGAGUCAUUUUAUUUCAAAGCACUUCCAAAUCUGAUCAGCUGGAGUCAUUUUCCUGUUUCAGGCAGCACAUGUAGGUUUGUGUUGUCCUCACACGUUGGUCUCACUCUGUUGUUAGCAUAGUGUUCCCCUCCUGUCUGAGAGAGGCUGUGUGAAAAUGAAUCCUCCCCAUCUCUGCCUUCCAUCCUGCGUGACAGGAAUGUGGUAUAAUGAAAGAUGCUAUCAAGUUGUAUCAGGGACUGUGGGAAGGUUAUUUGGGCGCAGAGGAGGAUGGAUCAUAUAUUUGAUUUAUAAAGAAGGCCUUUGCCAGUGUUUUUAAUAUUUUAUUUGAACCCUCUAGACCGCAACACCCUCCUCCCUGGAUCUCAAAUGAUAGACUUGCAUCAGUUACUCUGUAAUUUUAAAUAAAGAGCUGCUAAAUCAACAGCA